CGCGCUACCAAGAAGAACACCUUCGGGUGGGUGCGGGCUGAGGUGAUGGGUGCCCUCGUCAACGCCGUCUUCCUCACCGCCCUGUGCUUCACCAUCCUGCUGGAGGCCAUCGAGCGCUUCACCGAGCCCCACGAGAUCCAGCAGCCGCUGGUGGUCAUCGGCGUGGGGGUGGCGGGGCUCAUCAUCAACCUGCUGGGGCUCUGCCUCUUCAACCACCACGGCGUGGGGGGCCACGGCCAUUCCCACGGCCACGGGCACUCGCACAGCAGCAGGCAGCACUCCCGCAGCGGCUCCAAGCCCGAGCAGCCACCCGGGGAUGGGGAGGCUGCGCUACACCGGGAGGAGACCAGCACCUUAGUGGAGAACUGCAGCAGCUCCAACGGGGUCAGCCAGGACAAGCUAGGUGAUAUGAAAGACGACAUGACUGACUUACAAGUGAAUGGCAACGCUGGUCAUUACCCUCUGGAUGUAGAGGAGGUUGAAGAAGACUCCAGUGCACAGCUUAACAUGCGUGGAGUUUUUCUGCAUGUUUUUGGAGAUGCCCUAGGUUCAGUAAUUGUGGUAGUGAAUGCCUUGCUCUUUUAUGGGUUGUGGAAUCCAUGCCCCAAAGAUGGGCCCUGCUUUAAUCCAUGUGUCAAUAAUCAUUGCAUGGAAAAUGCUACUUUAUCCCAAACGCUUGGCACAGCAAAUGGGUCUGAGCAGGAGAGCAUUACGGUGGCUGGUCCAUGCUGGUUGCUGUAUUUAGAUCCCAUCCUCUGUUUGAUAAUGGUUUGUAUACUCCUUUACACAACCUACCCGUUACUUAGGGAGUCAGCCCUUAUACUUCUACAGACUGUUCCCAAACAAAUAGAUGUUCAUUCUUUGAACUCAAGAUUACGUACCCUUGAAGGAGUUGAAGCAGUCCAUGAAUUACACAUUUGGCAGCUAGCAGGCAGUAGGAUCAUUGGCACUGCUCACAUAAAGUGUCCUGACCCUUCCACAUACAUGAUGGUGGCAAAGCGCAUAAAAGAGAUCUUCCAUGAUGAAGGGAUUCAUGCAACUACCAUUCAGCCUGAGUUUGCCAGUGUUGGCUCUGAAUCAGGGAGAGGGAAAUGUGAGUUUCCUUGCAGGACUCAGUGUGCUUUGAAGCAGUGUUGUGGAGCAGGAGAAGAUAUUACUGCAAAGAAGACAGAAAAAUCACUUAGUAUUUCUUGUUCAGAAGUUGUCACUGAAUUUCCAAAAACUAGGAGGACUAAGCCGGAGAGCACCCCUUCAGUUAAGCUAGAGGCAAACACCGACCAAAACGAGCAGUUUGAAUCAUCUUUGUAACUCCCUGAGUGGUGCUACCUGGGUUCUGGGGACUUUGACAGCAGCUCUAUUGCAAGAGGAAGAGACAGACAUUUGAGAUGCAAUUUUGCCAAGUAGUGUAGUUGCUGAAGUCCUUGUUCUUGUCAUACUGCUAAAUCUAGAAUGCUUGUUUUAAAGAACAUAACAUCACUGUCAUGAUUCAAUGUGUUUGUGUUGACUUUGUACUGAGACAGACAGAAAGUGCACCAAUGCUGUAACAACUUCAGAAAACCAGUUUCAACAUUUCAGCAGAGACACUUUUUGCUGUGCUUCAAACUGAAAUACUUUUUUUUUUUUUCCAGUGAAAAGGUAUUUGAGGGAUAAGCAUGUAGGAACUCAGUCUGUGUUAUGGAUUUCUUGGACCUACUCUUUCCUUUAAUAUUUGAUUUGUAGAUAUUUUAAUAUAUUGUUUAUUUAGAAGCCCUAAGGAAAACCAAAGUUCAUAGAGUGUUUUUAAAGAGAUAACUACUUAAAACUGGAAACCACUUUGCAGUUUCACAUAUUUUUCUUAAACCUAUAUAAUAAUAAAUGUGAAGGCUUUUUCUAAUGGAUUUAUCAUAUAGCAUAUUUUAAAGAGAACAUCAUGUGAUUGUUAGAAACUGUCCCCACUUUUUCUGGUAAGGUAGUGAGGUGAUUAAAAUCAACUGCUUGUGAAAAGAUCAGAUGUGAAAGGGGUGUUUUUCAAUCAGCGUGGAAGUUCAAGCUACUGUAUAGUGCUCUGUGAUCAGGACGUGAGACUGACCGAUAAAGUAAUGCAUCCUUU